AUGCCCGACGCCAAUGACCCUACCGGCCGGGCGGCUGCUCGCUCCAAGGCGGUAGCCGCCCUUAAGCCUACCAUUGAUGUCAUAAUCGAUCGCCAUUACAACUCCAAAGUCUACACUUCGGGUUCCGUCGUUGCUGGCCGCGCCAUUGUCAAGACGGCGCGCGACGUUGCCUUUGACCACUUUGACAUUGUCUUCACUGGCAUCGCCGCCACACGCCUAGACUUUGUCCAGCAGUACCCCUCACACUCAUUCAGACCUUUCCUGAAACUGCGCAUGCCCAUUUCCGAGGACGAUAUUCCCGAGGACCGUGUCUUCAAGGCCGGCCGCACAUACACCAUACCCUUCCACUUUGUCGUCCCUCACCAGCUCCCCAUUGGAGCCUGCAAGCAUCAGUGCGAUGUCGACACUGUCCUCGACCACCACUUGCGCCUGCCCCCGACCAUUGGCUUCUGGAGCGCUGACGACCUGGCCCCCGAGAUGGCCCAGAUCGAGUACGCCGUCAAGGCUCGCGCCGUCAAGCAGGACCGGGACGCUCCAGCUUUCAAGGUCAUGGAAGGCCAGCACGUCGUCAAGGUGCUCCCCGCCAGUCCUGAAGAUGCGCCCCUCGACAUUACAUUUCGUGACGAGCGUUAUACCAUGAGCAAGACCAAGACGAUUCGUAAGAACCUCUUCUCUGCCAAGACGGGAAAAUUGACGGCCACCUCGACCCAGCCCGAGGCCGUCAUGUUCUCCGCCGACGGCCGCGAUGCGUCCAUGCCGGUCGCGCAUAUCAAGCUCGAGUUCGUUCCCGACUCAGUCGACACCGCCCCGCCCAAGAUCAACUCGGUCUCGGGCAAGCUGCUAUCUACGACCUUUUUCGGCGCUGCCCCCGUCAACUACCUACCUAAUCUGGGCCCGCGUACCGCGUAUCACAGCAACCCGUGCCUCAACUACACCACGACGAGCAACCUCUUCAACACGCCUGUAGACAAGAUCUCUUGGCUGCAGGAAAAAGUUGACGCGGGUCGUCGCGACUCGGGCUACUCAACCUCGAACCUGUCGCCGGACAGUGACGCCGUAGGUAAGAGCAGCGGCAACAAAAAGGCCGCCUCGCCUAUCAAGCAUGUCGCCAGCCUCGAUCUUCCCUUCACCAUCACCAAUACCAACCGCAAGAUCUUCUUGCCCACCUUCCACUCGUGCUUAAUCUCACGUACCUACGUCCUUCAGCUGUGCGUCAGUGUCGGACCCACCAACACUACCAUGACACUGUCGGUGCCCGUCCAAGUCGGCGUUGAGACGAUUUACGACGAUCCCCAGGGUGGCGCGCUACCCAGCUUCGAGAGCGUCAUGGCCCGUGACCACGAGGCCGAGGCGGACAGCUACCUCCGCCCGCGCAUUCGCCGCGCCGCCUCUGACGACGCACCUCAGACCAACACUCUUUUACCUGGCUACAGCGAGCUGAGCCGUAGAGCGGCCAUGCAAGUAGCACCGGUCGCCUAA